ACGUUUUUGUUUUGACUGUACGUCACGGGUUUCUAACCAAACGCGGGGGGCGAUGAGAAAUUUGAAAUGUGCGAGCUAGCUGCUAGCUAACGCCUCGAAUGUACGGCGAUCGUUUUUAUUUUUCCUAAAGGCCAUGGCGUCGUAUCAUCAUUUAUUCCGCGAGAAAACACCACGGUUUGAAUCUCCUGCCAAGGUGUUCGCCAAACUCAAGUCCAAAGUGCAGAGAGAAGAGACUUGCGCUGAGAAGGAGACUUUUAGAGGCAACGACCCGCGUUGUAGGGACAAACACGUCUCUGUUUUUACGUCACCGAUGAAGCGAGCAGAGAGCACCCGGAUUACCGAUGAGUUUAAGGAGAGCCGGAGGUGUGAUUCCUAUCGCAAUGAAGCACAGGCCUUGACUCUCUCGCCCAUAUCGAGUCCUCAGAAAACCUUCCGGCAUUCAGAAAUGGUCAGAAAGGAAGUGGAGGAAAUGCGUCCGGUUAUAGGAACAUGUCAUGGAUGCACACCAAGAAAGAGAGCUUUCCUCGAGUCGACAGCAGUGUCCCACCUCUCUUCCGUGGUCAGCAGAAAGCCGAUCAACACGCAGUCGCCUCAGACCAGAGACCCGGGUGGCUUCACGGUAACCUGCAGGACUCCAGUAAAGGUACAGCCAGAGGAAAGUGACUUUGAAAGCAGUGUGUUUCUGGAAGGGUGUGCUCCUCUUGACAAGCUCAAGUCUCCAGCCUUCGUGUUCUCGCCCGUGAGAAAGAGGUUAAAGCGAAAUUGGGAGCUGCAGGAGUUGAACAAAGUCGUCAGCAAUGAACCCAGAAGUCAGCCACAAGAAAGGAAAACCUCCAGUGCUUCCAAUGGGGACAACAACACUUGCACUGAGAGUUUGGGUCGAGUCAGAGGAUCGUCUGCUGACCCAUCAGAGGGGAACCAAUUCACUCAUAAACCCGUGUUCCUAUCACCAAGAUCCAUCGCAACGAAUCGUUGCUAUGUUCCUUUGGAAAGAUUUAUUCCAAUGUCUCCAGCUAAGAUGUUUGCUUACAUGAAGGAGAGGGAAAGUAAAACGAAGCAGGAGAAAGUUCAGAGUCGAGUCAGCAGCAGCACGAGGGAUCUCUUGGAUCCAGGUGAAUUCCAUCAGGCCGGAGACACAUUGUCUCCAUCCCCAGUUCACACCGUGGGCGAGAUGGAGGACACUGAUUUUAGAAGUGCUCCAGAAAGUGUGGCUCCCGUCGACCGGUCCAGAGCAGAGUCAGCUGGCGGCGCGUCGGACACGGAUCCCUCCGAGGACGGCUUGAGCCGCUCCGUGUCGCCACAACCGUUAUUGCUCGAGGACUCGCUUGUACUCAAAACGCCACAAAUCUCUGUGCCAAAGACGCAAGAGCCUGUGUUCAAGAGAAAUAAAUGGCCCCAGAGCGCAAAAUUCCCAAAUGAGAGUGUGAUUUAUCUCGAAAAGUGGUUUCUGAGGAAGAAUCACAAGGGCCUGUUUGUUGAUGGAAUCCACCGGGAGGAAAAGAUACCAUGGAACAGUAACAUCAUUGUGGACAGAGUUUCUAAUAACGUGGUGAAGACGGUCUCCGGCAGGGUUUACAUCUUGGUCAACAGGAUGAAAAUGAGCUCCGACUCCGGGUUACCCAAGUGGCUUUUGAAGAAGUUUGCCAACGGAUUUCCUCCAGACUGGGACGCCCUUUAUAAGAGAUUUCUGUCAGGGUCAAGCGACAACCACAGCAGAAAACCUGAGAGGAACAGUCGGGGGAAAGGUGUCGCGUCCAAGGCAAAAUCCGAGGCCUCCUCCAUCGUCACCGCUGUGAAGCAACAUAGGAAAAAUUCUCCAAAGACUUCCGAUCUUCUUCCUGCCCCCUCGUCUCGUCUGAGCGUGUCGCGAAGUGGUCGCGUGAUCCGCCCGCCUCUGGAUUACUGGAAAGGAGGGAGAGUCAUUCUGGAUGCACACAUGAAUGUUACCAUCCACGAAUGUUAUGACACCUCCAUCCAUAUCCCUUUCUCUAAAACCACGUCUACGAGAACGUCACAGAAACCUGCGCGUGAGCUCCUGCCUCGCAGUGAAGGCCGCCAGCAAUGCGAGUCAGACAGCGACAGAGAAGAGGCGGUGCUACGGAGAAGCGUUAAAGCUCCCUUACGCAAACACAACAGUGCCAAAAUGAGACCUGAAAUUCCCGUGGAGACACCUCCGAGCCCCAAGGAUUGGUCUGGCAGACAAACGAGGUCCAACCGAAGGCGUCCGGCUCCAGACAAAACAACACAUGUGGACUCUGUCCCUCAAAAGCAAAGGGAACCGGAAAAGUCUUUAACAAAGAGGUCACAAAAACAGACACAUGACACCACGAGGCCUGCAGCGAGGGUCUCGAGUAGGAAGCGGACCGUCCCAAAACCUCAAGAAUCCUGUGUUGAUUAUGGAUCAUCAGCGUCGUCGGAGGACGGGGUCAGUAGGAGAAAGAGCUCUGGGAAAGAAGUGCACGGAAAGGCCGGCAACAAGUCACGGCCGAGCUACAUGUUUCCAUCAAGUGAGUCAUCAAAUUCCUCUGAGUUUGAGAGGGAACUGGAAAAGACAACCAAAGUGACACAAACAAAACACAAACCGAGGAAAUGCACCACGUCUUCAUCUCCCACGAAGUCUUUUCCUACGGCGACGCGGUCCAGCAAGCCCAAGGCGAACAAAGCCAACGCAGCGGCUCCACGAGAUCAGGAUGCCGACGGGUGGACAGAGGCGGAGCUCGUGAAGCUACAGGAGGCCGUGUCGUGCUUCCCCAAGUGCAUGGCGGGCUACUGGGCCAAGGUGGCGCGGAUGGUGGGGACGCGUUCCGCAGAAGAAUGCCACUUCCAGCACACAUGCCAGGGAGCCUCCCAGACUCCUCCUAAGAGAGCCAAGAAACCCCCAAAGGACAAGUUGGAAGCGCCCAAAGAUACAGAUCGCCCGGCGAUAUCUGCACGAGUGGGGACCUUAAAGAGAAAACAGCAGGUGCGCCAGUUCCUGGAGGCCAUGCCCCGAGAAGAUGUCGAGGACGUCUUCAGCUCUGCGUACAUGCAGAACAAACGUUUUGAGAUGCCCUCGAUGUGCCAGAGUGACCAGGACUUCCCAUUGUCAGAAAUGGUGCCACACACACCCAUGUCGACAGGUUUCCCUGAAGUGAAGACUCCUCGUUGUCUGCAAAUCAGUCCCGGCAUGAUGGGUUCCCCAAACCGGACCAAUGACGACAAGUUGGUCUAUCAACUCCAGAAGAGGAUGAAAAAAAAUCGGUUUAAUGCCUGCAAACCGGCUGCUUCUUCAAAGGCCUUCACACUCACGCCAUCCGUUAAGCGAACAAUGAGAAGAUGUGGUAACACAGAAAAUGACACCUUUUUUGUUUGGGAGAUGUUUCCCGGGAAUGAUGGCGUGCUGCCUGAAAGCGAAGAGGAAGAGGAUGAGGAUUUUUACUACUUGGACAAGGCGUGAUUUGCGCUGAAACAUCACAUGGUUCAACAAAAAAAAAAAAAAGGGUUUUGCAUGAACUAAAAUCAAUACAGUUCAUAUCUGUAAAUAUAUUUUUUUCUUUAAAGCCAUUAGUCCCAAGAGUCAGUUGUUAAUAUACUUUUAAUAAACACUUUUUUUCAACAUACUGCAUCAUCACUUUCCAAUGA